GCGCGGCGUCCCGGGAACUCGUCCUCGGGAGGGCACUUUCCCCUUCCUCCGCUCAGCCGGAGCUCGGGGCGCCGGCCGGGGAUGGGCUUUGGCCCGAGCGCGGGCCGCCUUCCCGGAGCUAGGACGCGCGUCUGGGCUGAGCGGAGGUCGGGCCGGCUCGGCCCCUCCCUGGGCUGCGGCUGGGGUCUCCCGGGAACUGCCCCGCCGGGCCGCUGCCUCCUGGUGUCCGAGCCGGAGUCCCUUCCUUUCCCCUGACGGCUUCCCGGAACCCGCCCCGCCGGGCAGCGGUGAGGGGGCAGCUUGGGUCUCUGCGGAGGAGCCCCAGCGCCGACGUCGUAGCUCCCAGGCCGGCGGCCCGUUGUGGACCUGGCUCGGGUGUGGGUCCGGGCCGAGUGGAGCCCCAGCCAUGGCUGCAAUCCGAAAGAAGUUGGUGAUUGUGGGGGAUGGGGCCUGUGGGAAGACCUGCCUCCUCAUCGUCUUCAGCAAGGAUCAGUUCCCAGAGGUCUAUGUCCCUACUGUCUUUGAGAACUACAUCGCAGACAUAGAGGUGGAUGGCAAGCAGGUGGAGCUGGCUCUGUGGGACACAGCAGGACAGGAAGACUAUGAUCGCCUACGGCCUCUCUCCUACCCGGACACUGAUGUCAUCCUCAUGUGCUUCUCCAUCGACAGCCCGGACAGCCUGGAAAACAUUCCUGAAAAGUGGACCCCAGAGGUGAAGCACUUCUGCCCCAACGUGCCCAUCAUCCUAGUGGGGAAUAAGAAGGACCUGAGGCACGAUGAGCAUACCAGGAGAGAGCUGGCCAAGAUGAAGCAGGAGCCAGUACGAUCCGAAGAUGGCCGGGAUAUGGCCAACAGGAUCAGCGCCUUCGGCUACCUGGAGUGCUCAGCCAAGACCAAGGAGGGGGUGCGGGAGGUAUUUGAGAUGGCCACUCGGGCUGGCCUCCAGGUCCGCAAGAACAAGCGCCGGAGGGGCUGUCCCAUUCUCUGAGAUUCCCCAAGGCCUCUCCUGCUGCCCCCCCUGUUCACAGAGGUGCAGAAAUGGCCCCCCUUCCUGGGGCUCCAUGCUGAAGGCUCCCCUUUUUCAGUUCCCUACGGCCCAGGACUGCAUUGCAUUUUCCCUGCCAAUGCCCCCCAACACACCCUGCCCCAUCCCCACCUCCCAGCCCCCUGGGAACCUAGGGCAGUGCCCUGCCCUCCCAGAGCAGAGUCCUCCCUCCUGCUGCCUUGGCUCAGGGGUGGGGCUUUUGAUCCCUUUGGCCUUCCUGAGAGGAUCAUCACACCAGCACUUUAUACACUUCUGGCUCACAGGAGACUGUCUAGGGUAGGGGACUUGAAGGGUGUAACUCAGAGUCCCAGGCCCCUGGUGUUUCUGCUUUGGGCUGGUGUCUUGUCUCUGGCUAUACUUUAGUGGGGGGCAUGAAUAAAGGCCACAGGCUUCAACACA